CGAGCAGUGAAAACGUUAAUUCUCGUGUUUUGUUAUUGUGGUACCAAUUUGUUAGGUUAGAAAAUGUGUAUCAAAAACAAAAAAUUAAGAUCGUCUCUUAGGUUGUAAUAGAUUCAAUCAUAAGGAAGAUACCGUUUUCAACAUUUCCACAUGAAAAUUUUUCAAUUUCAACAUUCAAAUAAUGAUGUUUACUAAUAUUCUUCUUCAAUUCCACCAAAUUUGUCAACAAAUAAUGAUGUUUAGAAAUACUUUUCUUCAAAAAAGUUGACAUGUUUUUCUGUAGAGAACAAGUUAAAUGUUGCUGUGAUUUCUAAGAAAUUGGCAAAAAAUUGCCGAAAUUUGUUGAAAUCUCAGUUGACAACUCUGGUUGUAAACUUUAGUGUUACCAAUUUAAUUUGGGCUUACUCGUUUAUCAAAAACUGAAAAAACAAUCAUCAUUUUUUGUCUAUGAUUCAAUUGGAGAGAUUCUAUCUAUGAAUCUAUGGAGGGAUUCUUUUCUUUCACUCUGUCAGUAGUCUUCAAAAUACCAUCAAUGGGAGACAUUUAAUCAAUUCUGAUUGUUUGAAGUGUAUACUGUACCACAGUGUUUACCAUAUUGAACAGAAUCAGUAGUAAGUUGCAGGAAACUCGAAUUCAAAAUUCAAAAUGUUUCUUGAACAAAAAUAUAGAUGGUAUUGACAAAGUCAUCAGGUCUUGAGCUCGAAUUCAAAAUGUUUCUUGAACAAAAUAGAUGUUAUUGACAGGUGUUAAGCUACCUACUCGCGUAGUAUAAACAUAGGAUUCAGGAUUUUAGGAUAAAUUUUUGUGGAUAUCCUCGCUAUGAGUGUGUCAGGUGACUCCCGUUAUUACGGCCGAACAUUUAUCAAAGAACUGAUUGAACUCUACAGAAGUCACCCUUGUCUAUGGAAAGUCAGCUGCAAAGAGUUGUAUCUCAACCGUAAGCUAAAGAAAAUAGCUUAUGCCGAGUUGAUCGAGAAAAUGAAGGAAGUUGAGAAAGAUGCUAACAAAGAGAUGGUUUGCAAGAAGUUGCACGGGUUAAGGUCCUCGUUUCGGCGGGAGUACAGAAAAGUGGAGGAUUCGAAGCGGCUUGGAAAUGGAGACCUCUACGAAACGCGUCUCUGGUACUUUGAUCUGAUGAUGUUCAUCGCGGAUCAGGAUCACGUCAACACAUCCCUGGACUGCGAUUAUUCUCAGAACAAUGAGGAAGCAGGAGGAGGGGAAGAGGACGAUUUCGAGUACAAGAUGGACGGUGAUGAUAGUGCGUCAAUGUACAUGAAGGCGCCAAACAUCCGUGACUACUGCGACACGGCGAUGAUAAUAGAGCGUCCCUCGGACGGCGAGAGCUCAACGUCAGUGCCGCGAAUCGUAAGUCUGCAGGACAAGAAACGGAAGCGGCGAGAAAUCAACUUCGACAACCAGCAGAAUUUGGAGGAGGAAUUUCUGAAUGCCAUCACACCUGUCGCGCCACAGAUGUCCAAAGAUGAUUUCGACACUUUUGGUGCUUUUGUAGCCUCGGAGUUACGGCAACUCCGUUCCGAAGAAAUCAGGAAAAGGCUGAAAAAGAAGAUAACGAAGGCUAUCGUGGAGGCGUGGGAGGAUGAGUGAAGAAUAAUAUUUACAAGAUAGGCCAAGUUGAAAUGUUGAAAUUAUCUUUAUAAGUUUCUAUAGACUUGGAAAUAUUAGAUAUUUAUUUAUUUAUUUCAAUGACAAUUACAAAUCAUAAUUAUAAUAAAUAUAAUAUAAUUGGGAAAAGACACAUUAUUGAUUACAUUAGGUAUGUAUUUAAUUCUGCUUUCACCUCUUGGAGUUUUGAUUAUUUUUUAUGCACUCAUCCAAAGAGAUUGAGACUUGUACGAUGACUGUUUAAUUGUUAACGUGAAUCAAAUUAAUAAUUUAAGUUAAUUGACUUGAUUGACAAGGUAAUAGAACAAAAAAGACUGAAUUCAAAGACUUGGAAUGAAGUUAAAGUAGGCUAAAUAGAAUCAAAAGUAGAUUUCAUGUUCACGCUAUUCAAUGAAAAAUAAGAAGUAAUUGACUAACGUCCAACUCGAUUCGAUAAUGUUGAAAUUAUCUUGAUAAAUUUCUAUAGACUUGGAAAUAUUAGGUAAUGAUUACAUUAUGUAUUUAAUUCUGCUUUCACCUCUAGGAGUGUUGAUUAUUUUGUAUGCACAUUAUACAAUAAUUGAAGAGAUUAAGACUUGUGUAAGGAGUCUGUUAUGUCUCUCAUUUGUGAUUAUAGAUUAUUGUGUAUAAAGUUAUAAGAAGCUAGAAAAGAAUAUAUCUGGUCGAUACUUGAUAAUUCAUGUUCUCUCAUCAUUAUCUAUCUGUCUAUUACAAUAUUUACCUUACUUUGAUUCCAGGUAAUAUCUUGUUAUGAUUAUGAUUGAAUUAUCUAAAUCCCAUUUUUCUCCUUGUUAUUAAUUACCUUUCUUAUUUUCUCUCCUUUACUAUUCAAUUGUUAUGUGGAGUGUAGUAAUUUUUUUUAGAGACAGGAUUAUCAUUGCGGCUCGUGUAUAUUUAUAAGUCCACAUGUUUAUCUGUGGUUUGGAGAAUGAAUAAUGCACAGGAAAAUA